CUGGGGUAACCCAGGACACAACUACAGCUGGCGGCACAAGGAUUGUCACGUAGAGAUGAGGUCUUUGUCAUUGUGCGACAUGCUGGAUAGCGCGGGGUAUGACACCCUCAAAGACAUAACUUCAAAUGAUAAGACAUGAGACCUAUCAUCAUACACAGAUGCAUUGACAAUUCAACUGAACUGAACAACAUGAGCUGAGACUAAUGGAUUCAAUGGAUUCAAUCCCCCUCCACCACAAGACCUCCGCAGAGGAUCUUGGAGAAGCUAACAGUGACGCUCGCUUAUGUGACGUGAACAGACCCAGUCCAUCUCGCUUUCACAAUCGCACCGCGCGAUGGCUCUGGCUUUUGCACACCUUGUCUUUCCUUCUAUCUUUCUCGAUGAUGUUCUCUGCACUACAGCGACGUCAAGCCUUUCCUACUGAUCAGAAAUGUGCAGAACAGCUAUCGGCAUAUUCCCCCUACAUAGGUCUCGUGGAGUACGAACAGGUUCGAUUCCAGGGCAGUCUCUUCGACACAAACCCAUACAAGGGACCUCCAACCCCAGACCUGGAUGCGGCAUGGAAACGCAUAACUCAUAUGGCGCAACUGAAAGUCUCCGCCGAGGACAUGCUGCGAUUGAACAAACCCUUGACGCAAGUGAAGGUGGCCGAAACGGAAGGCGACGGAUACGCGGCGGGGAUCGAGGUGUUUCAUCAGCUCCACUGCGUCAAUCUGGUCCGACAAUAUACCUACUACGAUUACUACGCGAACCUGGACAAUAAGCCGGCAGAGUUCCACGACUCCAAGGAAACCCUGCGUUUACAUGUGGACCACUGCAUCGAUCUGCUGAGACAAGUGAUCCAGUGCGGGGGCGAUGUCGGCGUGGUGACUCGCAGCUGGGUCAAGGGUCGUCGGAUUAGCUAUCCGGACUUCAAUGUGUGGCAUAAGUGCCGCAAGCUCGAUCCAAUCUUGCGGUACUCAGAGGCCAACGAUAUCGACACGGAGCCGGUGAGACGCUCCGAUUCCCUGGAGCUGUUGGAGCCACCAUGUACGAAUGCUGCGCCGGAUGAGGCUUGUCCGUGAGGACUGGAGUUGCUUUUUUCGCCAGUUUGGAA